GCUGUCCUCCCGGGGAAGAGUUCAAUGAAGUUCUAAGUCUGUGUGAACCGCUUUCUCACCAUUCGACUGAGAGUGGGCACCGUGUGCAAGACUGGCUUCGGGCCAACGUUGAGUAUCCUAUUGUGAGAGGGCACGAAGCCUCUCACUGGAUGAAGCCCCCUGCUGGUCACUCCACUGUGAAUGAACACCACGUCCCAGACUGGGCACACCCUACUUCUCAUCAUUCCACUGUCAAUGAACACCACGUCCCACAUUGGGCACACCCCACUUCUCAUCAUUCCACUGUCAAUGAACACCAAGUUCCAGACUGGGAACACCCCACUGCUGGUCAUUCCACUGCGAUAGGGCACUCGACGCACUUCAGCACCAGGCAGCCUUGUGACGCGGUCGGCGAGUGCCCCCGCGGCGUGGCGAAGCUGCUGCCGCACCGGACGGACUGCAGCCUCUUCUGCCAGUGCGACCACGGCGUGCCGGUGACGGCGCGCUGCCCUGCCGGCCUCGAGUUCAACGCCGCCUUGCAGGUCUGUGACUACCCGCACCGCGCCGGCUGCUCGUGCAGCAGGUCUGGCGCUCACCACCGGACCCACCACUGACUGCUGGAGGCGCUGCACUGAUGGUACAAAUAUGCGAGUUGGGUGAGCAACGUCUGCUGGGUCUCGUCUGCUAGUGAUGCAGAUGGUCGACGCCUUCAAGUACCUCCGUUUCCAACGAACGAACCGGACCUAUUCAUUUCAC